CAAGCUUGUCCGGUAACUCAGGAAAAGCUGUCAUUUCUGUUUUGAAUUAGAUCCAGUUUGCUCACCGACCAGAAUUUUUCACGCGUCGAUAAUGCCUCGGCGAGACCUAAAGCGUCGGUAAUGCCUCGGCGAGACUUAGAGCGUCGGUAAUGCCUCGGCGAGACCUAAAGCGUCGGUAAUGCCUCGGCGAUACCUAAAGCGUCGUUAAUGCCUCGGCGAGACCUAGAGCGUCGGUAAUGCCUCGGCGAGACCUAGAGCGUCGGUAAUGCCUCGGCGAGACCUAGAGCGUCGGUAAUGCCUCGGCGAGACCUAAAGCGUCGGUAAUGCCUCGGCGAGACCUAGAGCGUCGGUAAUGCCUCGGCGAGACCUAGAGCGUCGGUAAUGCCUCGGCGAGACCUAAAGCGUCGGUAAUGCCUCGGCGAGACCUAGAGCGUCGGUAAUGCCUCGGCGAGACCUAGAGCGUCGGUAAUGCCUCGGCGAGACCUAAAGCGUCGGUAAUGCCUCGGCGAGACCUAGAGCGUCGGUAAUGCCUCGGCGAGACCUAAAGCGUCGGUAAUGCCUCGGCGAGACCUAGAGCGUCGGUAAUGCCUCGGCGAGACCUAGAGCGUCGGUAAUACCUCGGCGAGACCUAAAGCGUCGGUAAUGCCUCGGCGAGACCUGUCCCUUAGUGCAGGUGGCGGUGGUCUGAUGAUGACAUCACCUGAAAGACCGCAACAGAAACUCAGGUCGACCCUACAAGAAAUACAAACACAUGGAUACCACACAUCUGUGACCUAAAUAUGGCUUUCAAACGCGAGCGCGAAGAAAUACAAAUAGAUGAAAAUGAGGAAAUCGCAGAUGAUGGUAAGGAGGAGGAGAAGAACGAAAAAGAUCAGAAAAGUGAUGAAAACCUCUGCGCCAAGGGUUGUUUGAAAAAGAUUAAUCAGAGGCGACUGGUAUCCAAGCUGUUCUAUUUUUUCUACUUUUCGGCGUUUGGAUCUUUAUGGCCGUUUUUCGCUCUUUAUUUCAAACAACUGUUUAUAUCGCCGCGUCAGAUGGGGAUUCUUGUCGCGACGAGGGCCAUGUUGCAGUUCGUGUGUACCCCGAUAUGGAGUGCUAUAGCAGACAAGUACAAUAAAUACAAAGUGGUAUUGUUGAUGAGUUUGUCGUUCUGGCUAAUAGCAACAUUCUCGCAAGCGAUUGUGCCGAGUACUGUUCAACCUGCCGCGUGCUACAGAUUUAACUCGAUCCAUCUCUAUGCUAACAAGUCUUACACAAACCCGCCCUCCCCGCCCGAUCCAGACCACUAUCACCGAGUAUUUGGCGUGAGUAACCUGUUCCCAUGGGCGCUAGGGUUGUUCAGGAGUUUUGAGCGCCAGCGUGAUGUCGACCUUCAGGAAGUACACUUCCCGACGUUAAAAACUCACGUCGCGCCCGAACCCGUAGCAAACUCUUCUUAUCUUUUCAUAGGGCUUUUAUUAAUCACUAUUUUUGGAAUAAUAUUCGCGUCUCCUGCGCAGUGCCUCGCGGACACGGCCACUCUACAGGCCUUAGGCUCGGAUACACACGAAUACGGCAAGCAAGCGCUUUGGGGAUCUGUCGGCUACGGAACAAUGGCGCUAUUAGUAGGACUGGCAGUCAGCGGUCGCCAGAGGCUUAACCCGUGCAGUAAUGGCAUGGACGUGGAUUAUGUGCCAUGUUUCUACGCGUUUGCAUGUUUUAUGGCCGGCGCGAUAUGCAUCGCUACCCGCUUUAAGUAUCACAAGCCAGAUACCAGCGGUUGUGGACCGGGUUUGCUGGAAAUUCUAAAAAUCUUCAAGCGGCUUGACUUAGUAGUAUUUCUUUUCGUGGUGUUUUUUUGUGGCACUGCCAUUGGAUUCAUACAGACGUUUCUAUUCUGGCACCUUCGGGAGCUGGGAGGCGAACAAGAGCUCUUCAGUCUUAUAACCAUGACUAAUUCCGCCGCAGAAGUCACUGUCUAUACCUUCUCAGACCGAUUCCUCAGUCAUGUGGGACACUUUAAAGUGGUGUACAUGGGCCUGUUGUGUUACUCUUUGAGGUUCUUUUACUAUUCGUACUGCACACGACCUUGGCUUUUCCUCCCCAUCGAGCUCAUUCAAGGUGUCACCACGGCUGCUGUGUGGACAUCGUUCGUAUCGUACGUCGGUUCUAAGACCGAGAUCGCAACCACGCUACAAGGACUGGUCAGCGGCUUCUAUACCGGGCUAGGGUACGCCACCGGGGGUUUGCUUGGCGGGUGCAUGGUGCACUUAUUCGGGUCUGCCACAGCAUUUUUAGUGUUCGGCGAAAUGAGUCUACUUGUUAUGUUUCUGUUCAUUAUCGCAAACAACCUGAAAAGCCCUGAUUCAAGCAUGCAGGCUCACUAUAUCAACAAGAGUCAUGAUUUUGAGAAAUAAUACGCAACCAAUUACUCAUCCGUUCCUUGAUGGACUGCUACAUUCUAUUUAUUCGUUUUUAAUUCUGAAAACUGUUCCUCAAUGGAAUACAUAUUUUUUAAUGAUGAAGACACAGUUUUAGUGGAUACUAAACUAUUUUAGUAUUUUACUAAACUUGUACUCAUUCUAAUUCUGAUUCAUAUAUGCUACUGGUAGCAGGGUUUGACACACACUUGUUUUGAAUUAUACAGUACAAACUACUAAGAAAAUAUAGAAAAGAGUAGAAGUAGAAAGAAGAAGGAAUAACACGUGCUUUUUAAAGACAUUAAUGUGAACUUUGAUAAAUAGGUUUACUAUAAAGUAUUAAAUAAAGAAUAGUUUAUAGGA